AACAAAAUCCUCCAACACAUUGACAUAAACGGUACUCCUGCUCCACGGGACCACUGGACGCAUACUACCCAAUAAAUCAGAUUUCGUGGUACGCUGUUGAGAAUUAUUUACGUUUUUCGUCUUCAGUUUCAUGAUCAAUGCCCGGGUCUUUACAUCCGAAGGAAAUGGAAUGAUGCACUAUCCGCUGCUUUCCUCCUAGAAGGUUGCCCCAAGGCUGUGCCAGACAAACAACCUCACAGGUGUUAUUUCGAAACACGUUGUUGGACAAGUUUGCAGUGAAGGAGAUGUAACAAACAAGAAUGUUAAUCGCCAGUUAAAUCCUUCAUGCUAGAGUUGCAGGAUUCCAGGUUACUUCGGGUUCGGGAAACUUCAGGUUCGGGUCAAUUUAAGUUCAGAUUAAGAACUGUAUGUUCAUAACCAUUAUCAUUCAGUUUGGGUCGACCCAACCUUUAGGGUUCAUUAAGACAAAUAAUUUCAACCAGAUUGGGACAAGUAAAUUACGCCUGAAGAAAAUCAGGCAGAACAAAAUCAGAUACAACCAAGUACCGCAUCUUGAGGUGAGCACACUGGUCAAAGUAAUGACACUUGAUAACUUCAAGUUCAUGCAGUGGAUGAACCACUACAUCGAAUCUAUAAAAACCGCACGAGCUACACUCUAUAAAAUCUUUGGAUGAUUGAUGUAGCUUUUUAAUCAUUUUUUACAUUCUUUUAUUUUUAUUUUAUUUUUCCUAACCCAAAUUAUCAGAUAUCUUAUAUGUGGAGAAAGUGCAGCAAAAGGCCAAAGUGCAGUUCAAGUUUAAAAAGAAGAUCAAAAUUGGGUUGAAGCCCAAUCCAUCAUCAACAACAAUAACCGGCCCUUUCCUCCUUUGCUUUUUAAUUAGCACAAGUAAAAGAAAAAAAAGUCUACGACUCCUUCUUCGCCAUCGUCAACGGAGCGCAGCGCCCAAAUCAAACGCAUAACUCCUCCAACGUUCGGCUCCAUCAAUUGCGCAGCAAUCAAUUCAGCUCCUCCUUGCUAUAAAUUGAAGAGAAUCGACACACAUGAAAGGGGGGGAAACACACGAGAAUAAAGCAGCGGCCAAGCCGCUGCUAUGGCGGAAUCCGGCGGCAUCAGUUCCGGCGAUGGUCGGCGGUGAUAGGUCAGGCGGUCCCUUCAAGCUCCAAUUCUUCAAUUACUUCUUCUUCUUCAACAAUUGGUAACCCUAUAUGUUAUUUCUUCAAUUUCUUCUCCAAUUUCAUUGUAAAAGUGUUGUUUCAAUUCAAAUUUACAUUUUUUUUCCCUUGUUUGUGUUAAUUUCGAAAAUUCCAAAAUGGUUGGUGUUCUUUUAUGGGUUUUUUAUGUAAUAUUAAAUCCCUUAUGAAUGAAAAUUGAUUCUUACUAGUUUCUUCAAUUUUUGCGCAAAUUGAUGUUAAAUCGGUUGAAUUAUAAAUUUGAUUUCAUAAGUAGGUUGGUAUGUCGACUUCGGUUAUCAUUGAAGCUAAUUUAGCUACAUAUUUUAGUUAAGUGAUUCUCGAAUUCAUACGUGAAUCUUUUUUUUGUGACUUGUGUUUUGUAAAAUUUUAAGGAUUUUGGACUUCUUAGCCACAUAAGUCGAACGUUUUCCUUAAGAUUCGUUAUAGAGUGAUUGUUUAUGUCUUGGUGUUUUUGUUUGUUAUUUUCAUAAAAAUUGGGAUUGUUUAAGCGCAAUAAACAACUCUUGAUUUAAUGAAAAUAUGUAAUGUUCUUUUAUGUGAAUAGAUUACAAUUCUUAUGCUUGAGUAGUUCAAGGAGACCUGCAAAAUAUUUUCAUCAUUAGACGUUAAAGUUUAUUAAAGUGUAUCAAAUGUU